AUGCCGCCCGACAUUCGGCAUCACAUCGUGCAACGUCUGGUCGACUUCCGCUCGACAUCAAGCAGCCCUGCCGCGUGUUCCACGACUACUGAUGGUCCAGGGAGCUGCUCUAUGGAAGAAGGUUGCUGCUCAAAGAUGUUGCCCUUCGCUCAAUGCUCUUUGGACAUGCCAGGCAUCUACAACGUCACAUUCUACUUCGAUGAAUCGAACGGAUGUGCAAAAACCCACGGUGGUGAUGUGACAUCUGGUUCCGGGAGACACUUGCUGCCGAAUGGCCGUCUACUCGUCAUCUAUCUACUGCGCAUUGCUGAUGUGGUGUAUCCUGCUCUCUGCGCUCUUCACUUGGCACAACUACACAGCAAGCAGAUGGUCUACAACACAUUUGCUGCUCCAUGGCCGCCUGUUCGUCAACUAGCUGCCGCUCGCCGA